AUGGUUGUGUGUAACCAUUCUGUUAGACUGGGCAAUUUGUGUGGUGUGUGCGGCGCAGAGAUUUCUGAGGAAGAAAGCUUGUUCUGUGCGUUAUACACCACAUGCGACGUUCAGAUUACACACAAGCAUGCUGUUUCUGCAUACAGAGCACGAAUGAAGGAACUGAAGCGCACAAGAAAGCUAAUUCUUGUUCUGGAUCUUGAUCAGACAAUAUUACACACAGUGAUACAUGAUGCAUGUAGUGCUCCACCACAGUCUGGACUAGAGAGCUUUGUGAUGGACAGAUGCACAUACUUUGUAAAGCUGAGGCCUAAUCUACAGGAUAUGCUCGAGGAGAUAUCGACGAUAUAUGAGAUUCAUGUGUAUACAAUGGGCACACGAGCAUAUGCGCAAAGGAUUGUUGCGAUUAUUGAUCCAAAAGGUCUUUACUUCCACGACAGAAUCAUCACAAGGGAUGAAAAUCAAGGGAUGCUGGUCAAGAGCCUGGGUAGGAUGUUUCCAUCGAAGCACAAGAACAUUGUGAUUCUUGAUGACAGGGCUGAUGUUUGGGACUUUUGUGAAAACCUACUUCUUGUAAGGCCGUUUUGGUAUUUCAAUUGUGUAGACAUCAACGAUCCACUAAGACUGAGGAAGAAGAUACAGAGAGAGACAGGGCUUGAUGUGAUUGAGUGUAAGAGGAAAAGAGUGGAUAAAAUAGCAGAUAAUCAAGUUAUUGAGAAGCUGGAGGAAAUCGCAUUGGGAAUAACAACGAGCAGCGCUUUACAAACAGGAGAGGAUAAACAAGAUAUAGCACCCGAACCAAGUGGAUAUAAACGCAACGAGAAUUCAAGAUCUCUUGACGACGAGCUUCUGAAGAUCACUCAAAUAUUGAAACGAAUACAUAAAAGAUACUUCUCUAGUAUGCGUGGUAAUGUAAAGAAAAUACUAAGGAAAUACAGGAAAAAGGUUUUUGAUGGAAAGAGAAUCUUUGUUGCUGAGACUACAAACAAGCAAUGGCUGACAAAGAUGAUUGAAAUGCAUGGAGGCAUUGUGGGUGUUUCUGGAAAUGGUUUGGAUUGUAUUGUCUCGCAAUCCAGGGAUGAUGUUGAAGAUCUGGCAAAGCGAUUUGAGUGUCUUGUUAUACAACCUGGCUGGAUAGCUGAAUGUGUUUAUUCAUUGAAGGGAGUAAACUAUGGGAAAUACAUAAUGUGUGAUUAUAGAGUCAUGGAUGAGUGUGAAAAUGAGAUUGAAAGGAUGUUUAUGACAAGCAAGGGCGGCCCUGUGAAUUAG